AUGAAUCACCGAAAGCCCACCCGUCUUACUUCAAUCCAGGAACAGAAUGAAGACGACAUCGUCACAAAGGUCGAGAAGAAGGUUUCCCAUGCCCUGACAGUCCUCUGGUCAGACCUACCAUCGUGGCAACAGGACAAUCAUUAUAUUCACUCCGGCUACCGACCUGCGAGUAACUCCUUCUACCGCUCCUUCACCUCUCUGUCAUAUAUUCACAAUGAGACUGUGAACAUUUACACCCACCUUCUGGGAGCCAUCGUCUCUUUGGCCUGCUCUAUCUACCUACAUUCUCUCAUCAAGCCGAGAUACAACAGAGCGAGCACAGAAGAUGUCGUCGUUUUCGGUUGCUUCUUUGGCGGUGCCAUUGCUUGUCUAGGCAUGAGUGCUACCUACCACACCAUCUCCAAUCACUCACCCAAAGUCAACAAGAUUGGAAAUCAGCUGGACUAUGUUGGCAUCGUGUGUUUGAUCUGGGGCAGCUUUAUUCCGAGCAUCUUUUAUGGCUUCGCCAGAGAGCCCCAAUACAUUGCUGUAUAUUGGUCAAUGAUCACCCUGAUUGGCAUCGGUUGUGCGAUUGUGUCUGUCAUGCCCAGCUUCAGAACGCCAAAAUGGCGUCCAUUCCGUGCAGGCAUGUUCGUCGCCAUGGGUGCAAGUGCCAUUAUUCCAGUGCUGCACGGCAUCUUCUUGUUUGGAGUCGAUCAACUCCAACAACAGAUUGGACUCUCCUGGCUAGUCUUGCAAGGUGUCCUGUACAUUUCGGGAGCUGCAAUCUAUGCUGCUCGAUUCCCAGAACGUCUAAAGCCUGGCUCUUUCGACAUCUGGGGCAGUUCUCAUCAGAUCUUCCAUGUAUUGGUCUUACUUGCUGCGGCGUCCCAUUUCAUUGGUUUAGUCAAGGCAUUUGACUAUGAGCACAGUGCAAGAGCCCAGGCUGAUAAUAUCACAUACGGAUUCAGCCAUAUCUUCAAAAUGAAGUAG